UCGCUGAGGACCCUGGGCUGGGCGCCGCCGCCGGUUCGUCUACCCUUCCCCUCAGCCACCUCCUUUCAACCUUGUCCACGGCUUGGCGCGGUCUCGGGUUGCAGCGGCCGCCGCUCCUGUCCUUGCCGCAGCUCUCUCCCUUCCUUCCCUCCCCGCCGGAUCCCGGAAUUCACCUGCUAUGGCUUUACUCACUGCGGCAGCCCGCCUCUGGGGAGCCAAGAAUGCAUCCUGCCUUGUCCUUGCUGCCCGCCAUGCCAGUGCUUCUUCCACGAAUUUGAAAGAUGUGCUGGCCAAUCUGAUACCUAAAGAGCAGGCCAGAAUUAAGACCUUCAGGCAGCAACAUGGCAAGACAGUGGUGGGCCAAAUCACUGUGGACAUGAUGUAUGGUGGCAUGAGAGGCAUGAAGGGACUGGUAUAUGAAACUUCAGUUCUUGAUCCUGAUGAGGGCAUCCGUUUCCGUGGCCACAGUAUACCUGAAUGUCAGAAGCUGCUGCCCAAGGCUAAGGGUGGAGAAGAACCCCUGCCUGAAGGUUUAUUUUGGCUGCUGGUAACUGGUCAGAUACCAACAGAGGAACAGGUAUCUUGGCUCUCACAGGAGUGGGCAAAAAGAGCAGCUCUGCCUUCUCAUGUGGUCACCAUGCUGGACAACUUUCCUAACAACCUACACCCAAUGUCUCAGCUCAGUGCAGCCAUUACAGCCCUCAACAGUGAAAGUAACUUUGCCCGGGCAUAUUCUGAGGGUGUCCACCGAACCAAGUACUGGGAGUUGAUUUAUGAAGACUGUAUGGACCUGAUUGCCAAGCUACCAUGUGUUGCAGCAAAGAUCUACCGGAAUCUUUACCGGGAAGGAAGCAGUAUUGGGGCCAUUGACUCAAAGUUGGACUGGUCCCACAAUUUCACCAACAUGUUAGGCUAUACUGAUGCCCAGUUCACUGAGCUCAUGCGUUUGUACCUCACCAUCCACAGUGACCAUGAAGGUGGCAAUGUAAGUGCCCAUACCAGCCACUUGGUGGGCAGUGCCCUUUCAGACCCUUACCUGUCCUUUGCAGCAGCUAUGAAUGGGCUAGCAGGGCCUCUGCAUGGACUUGCAAAUCAGGAAGUACUUGUCUGGCUAACACAACUACAGAAGGAAGUUGGUAAAGAUGUGUCAGAUGAAAAGUUACGAGACUACAUCUGGAAUACACUUAACUCAGGGCGGGUUGUCCCAGGCUAUGGCCAUGCAGUACUAAGAAAGACGGAUCCACGGUAUUCAUGUCAGCGAGAGUUUGCUCUUAAACACCUGCCUAAUGACCCCCUGUUUAAGUUGGUUGCUCAACUUUACAAGAUUGUGCCCAAUAUCCUAUUAGAGCAAGGAAAGGCUAAGAAUCCUUGGCCCAAUGUAGAUGCUCACAGUGGAGUACUGCUCCAGUACUACGGCAUGACGGAGAUGAAUUACUACACAGUCUUGUUUGGGGUGUCACGGGCACUGGGGGUGCUGGCACAACUCAUCUGGAGCCGAGCCCUGGGCUUCCCUCUAGAAAGGCCCAAGUCCAUGAGCACAGAUGGUCUGAUGAAGUUUGUGGACUCUAAGUCAGGGUAGAAUGGGAUUUUGGGGGGAAACCGACUACAAGAAAAGGAGGAAAUUUAAAAAUAUACUUUUUUUUGUUUCAGGGGGCCUUUAAAGACUUAAGAUUAAAUUGUAUCUGAGGCACUGAAAAUGUUUGAAGUUAAAAUAUAAAUUAAGACUCAAAGAUGAAGUGACCCCCUUCUUCCCUAUCCAGCGCCCCUUUCCCUGCCUGGUAUGAGCUGUAGGAUGUCCAGGACUAGUGCAUGUGGUAUGGGUUAGAUUUGGCCACCCCAUCUCUAGAGAGAGUCUGGCUCCUCUGUCCUUAAGUCCAAGCAGGUUCCGAGACACUGUAGUCACGCUGAAGCUUCUGCUUCCACUCUGCGCGUCCUGCCAGAUCAACACACCAGGCCUGUGCGCCUCGUUCCCACAGGAGUCGUAUUGAGUUGUCAGUUCUGUCAGUCCCCACAGCCCUUGAACAUGCACAGAGGUUGGUUAGCCUGGCAUGCUUUGGCAAUUUUUUUAUGCUACCAGGUUGCCACAAUGGCAUGGCAUUUAUUAUGACUGGCAUUUGAUUUUUAUUUCUUUUUUUUUUAUUCUCCCAUUCAAAUUAAAGUCUUGGAGUGUUCUGAUUCCAACUAUAUUAAAACCUCCAGACUUUCUACCUGCUGUGCCUCAAGCUGAGGAUGCUCUGUGUCUCACCCUGUGGGUCUCUAUUGGGUCCUCUUUCAGCAGGUCUGUGUGACUUGUGGUUUCCCCAGUCAUUUGGCUUUAUCAGUACUUAAUGUGAACUAGGCCUUUUCUUUCCAUGGAACAUAAGCCACUACUCUGACCUUGUUUUCUCCUGUUACUGUGCUACGGCACAUAGGACAGGGGCUCAGGAAUGAUCAGCCCCUUCAUGUUCUGGUCCCAGGGGUUCUAGCAUUUCUUUUUGAACAAGAAAUGAUUCAAAAUUGCAUUAUGGUCCCCUUUAAAUGUCGGAUGGUACUAGAACUGGGGACAUUCAAAAUAGUAAACCUCCCAUUCUCAUCUCAUACCAGAAAAAAAGUUCUUAUUUAUCAAUGUCUUUCUCUUGCCCCUUCUGUAAGAGGUCACAGUACAGUGCUUAUUUUAGCAACCCAAUUUGCACAGAUUUUCAGUGACUCAGAAUGCUCUACUGCCUUUUCUUUGAAAAAGGGUUGAAAUACACUCCUGCUGUGCCCCUCCUCCCAAAAGUCUUGCCUGUAUUUGUGUGGAACCCAAAUCCCAAAAACAUGAUGUUAAGAUGAACACACUGUAAACCCCUGGGUAAUUGUUAAGUCAUGAUAUAGACUUCAGGUUGUUCUGUAUAAAAUAAAAAAUAAAUGUUUUUAUUAACAA